AUGUGUUACUAUGGAGGAUACUAUGGAGGCCUGGGCUACGGCUAUGGUGGCCUAGGCUAUGGCUAUGGUGGCUAUGGUGGCUAUGGUAGCUAUGGUGGCUAUGGUGGCUAUGGUUAUGGCUGCUGCCGCCCACUGUGCUGUAGAAGGUACUGGUCCUGUGGAUUCUACUGA